AUGGUGGAAUAUCUCAUGCCCGCAAGGUUGGACUCUGCAUUUCCAGGAAACAGAUUGGUCACAGAUUUCACAAUCUCCAUCAUCUCUGCCACAUCUUUCGGAAACAGGAUAAUAGCUCCAUUUCGGAUAAACUUCGAGGGAGAUGAUCAUCGUAGCAUAGAUAGUUCAUGGUAUAUUACGAGUGAAACUAUAGAUGGUGUUAAGAUUGGUCGAAUUCCUUUGCUUUUUGACAUCCGUGGGAAGGUCGAUGAAGGUUAA